UCAUUCUCCGAAGGUCUAGCCAUUUAGAUUUCUGGCAUGGAUCUCGCGCCGUGGAUGCUCUUACUUCUCCUCGCCUUAUUCUCGAAUCCCUUCAUCGCCUAUUCUUCUUCAAGAAGCCGUUACAUUAUUCAAGUGGAGGAGUCGAUUGAGCCGCAACUGACGGAAGCGAGCCUCAAGAAGUGGCAUGAGUCUUUCUUGCUACCGGUCGCCGAGGAGUCUGGCGCCAAUCAGCGCCUGCUGCACUCCUAUAGCGAAGUCAUCAGCGGGUUCGCCGCCAUGCUCACGGAGGAUGAGUUGCAGGCGGUGGGGAAGAAGAAGGGCUUCAUGCGCGCGUUCCCCGACCGCGUGCUGCGCGUGAUGACCACCCACACACCAGAUUUCCUUGGGCUCAAAAUUGGGAGGAAGGGGCUGUGGAACGACUCGAAGCUCGGGAGCGGAGUCAUCGUCGGAGUCCUCGACACCGGUGUGACGCCCGGCCACCCUUCCUAUGACGACGAGGGAGUCCCGCCUCCGCCCUCGAAGUGGAAGGGCUCGUGCGAGCUUGAGACGGGUUGCAACAACAAGCUCAUCGGUGCCAGGUCGAUGAUCGCCGGUGGGGGUGGGAGUCCUCCCAUCGACGAGGACGGCCAUGGGACCUACACUUCGUCCACAGUCGCAGGAAACUUCGUCCGCAACGCGAGCUACUUCGGCUUGGCGAAAGGCACGGCCGCCGGGAUGGCCCCUCGGGCUCAUCUCGCCAUCUACAAGGUUUGCAACAGCGACGGCUGCAGUUACGGCGACAUCCUUGCCGGGUUCGACGCAGGUAUCAAGGACGGCGUCGACAUCUUCUCUCUAUCGAUUGCCAGUGAAUCCAUGCCACUUGACCAAGAUCCCAUCGCUAUCGGUUCAUUCGCCGCGGCCAAGAAAGGGAUCUUCGUCAGCUGCGCCGGCAGCAAUGCUGGACCUGACUACUUCACCCUCGCGAACGAGGCACCGUGGAUGCUCACUGUUGCGGCCAGCAGCAUCGACCGAAGCUUCAGGGCCUCCGUGAAGCUUCCCAACGGGAAGGUGAUUCCCGGAGAGUCUCUCGACCAGCCCCGCAACUUCACUAAACACUCUCUUCCCCUCUACUACUCCACCAAAUCACCAACCUGCAACAUGGAUCCUCCCGAUGAUAGUCGUCACAGGGGUAGCAUCUGGGUCUGCGAGGACGACGGCAGACUUCCCAAAGAUGUAGCGGCGUUCGUCAAGUCCCACGGCGCCAAGGCGUUGAUCUUCAUUGUCCCGAAAGUCGAGGGUGCCACCGUCCAGAUGAUGAAGCUGGACUUCCCUGGAAUGAUGCUCGCCUCCCAAGACGGUUCUAAUCUCAUAUCGUAUAUGAACUCGGCUUCCGAUCCUUCCGCGUUGAUCGUCUUCAGCGGGACAAAUCUUGGUGUAUCCCCCACCCCCGUUGUCGCUUACUUCUCCUCCCGGGGGCCAUCUAAGGCAACACCAGGAAUCCUCAAACCAGACAUCUCUGGUCCUGGACUUAAUAUCUUCGCGGCCUGGAUUAAUCCUUCUAGUGAUGCUCCGGGGUACGCUAUCAAAUCUGGCACGUCCGUGGCGACACCUCACCUAAGCGGUGUCGCUGCGCUCUUAAAGGCCGCACACCCUACUUGGUCGCCGGCAGCUAUCAAGUCUGCGAUCAUCACCACGGCAAACGCCGACAUGCCCGACGAGUUACUCAAGCCGGCACUCUAUUUCGCCAAGGGUGCAGGACACGUUAAUCCAAACAAAGCUACUGAUCCCGGUCUUAUUUAUGACAUCACUAGUGAUGACUACAUCUCCUAUAUCUGUGGCAAAUUCGGCAAAGAAGGAGCUAGAACUAUAGCGCGUGGUGUCGUGGAUUGCUCGAAGACCGUGACAGAAGAGGAGCUUAACUACCCGUCGAUUUUGCUUGCCCCCAAAGCGGGAGCGGCAGCCAAGGUGAGCCGGGUGGUCACGAACGUUGGACCGGCGAGAUCGAGCUAUACAGUGUCAAUGACUAUAUCGAAGAUUGUCGUGUCGGCUAUUGUCAUCCCCGAGAUGUUGACGUUCACCGAGCUGAACGAGCAGAAGUCGUUCACCUUGAGCGUGGAAUGGGGCGCCGACGGACCUCCCACUUCCGGUAUUAGAAUCGUGGAGGGAAAGUUGACUUGGACCUCCAAUGACGGUAAGCAUGUGGUGACGAGCCCAUUGGUUGUCUCUGCCCCGGAGUGAUGAAGUGCUAGCCCAAGCUUGUCGUCUUCCUUUCAGAUAUUAUUGUUCAAUUCCUGAUUAUUAAGAAUG